AUGCCUAAAGUAGUGUCUCGGUCGGUUGUCUGCUCCGAUACCCGGGACCGCGAGGAAUAUGAUGAUGGUGAGAAGCCCCUCCACGUCUACUACUGUUUGUGUGGCCAGAUGGUCCUGGUGCUGGAUUGUCAGUUAGAGAAGUUGCCCAUGAGGCCUCGCGACCGAUCCCGUGUGAUUGAUGCUGCUAAGCAUGCUCACAAAUUUUGUAAUACAGAAGAUGAGGAGACUGUGUAUCUUCGAAGGCCUGAAGGCAUUGAACGACAAUACAGGAAGAAGUGUGCCAAGUGUGGACUACCUCUCUUCUACCAGUCCCAGCCGAAGAAUGCCCCUGUGACCUUCAUCGUGGAUGGAGCAGUAGUGAAAUUUGGUCAGGGUUUUGGGAAAACAAAUAUAUAUACUCAGAAACAAGAGCCUCCAAAGAAGGUGAUGAUGACCAAACGGACCAAAGACAUGGGGAAGUUCAGCUCUGUCACCGUGUCUACCAUUGAUGAAGAGGAAGAGGAGAUUGAGGCUAGGGAAGUUGCUGACUCCUAUGCACAGAAUGCCAAAGUGAUUGAAAAACAGCUGGAGCGCAAAGGCAUGAGCAAGAGACGACUGCAAGAGCUGGCUGAACUGGAAGCCAAGAAAGCUAAAAUGAAGGGGACCUUGAUUGACAACCAGUUCAAAUGACCAAAGCUUUUCUUUGAGCCCAGACGGAGGCAAGCAUUUAGAUCAAGAAGAAAAAUAACUUCUUGAUUACAUGGACUGGUUUCUGUUUAUUCCCUAGGAGGAGUCUUUAUUUUGCUUCCCAUUGAUUCUCUUGCAUUCAGUGAGGUCUUUGAGUCCAUUUGACCUGCUUUCUAAGAGAUGGAUGUUUCUAAGUCUUUA